AUGAGACCAAUAACAACAUCUGAUCAUGACCUCAAUACAACCUCCUUCCUCAAACUCCCACCAGAACUUCGCCUCAAAAUCUACGAAUACGCCCUCACCGUACCAAACGAGUACAUCAACAAACCCCUAAUAGUCAUCAGCGACCGUGGCAACGUCUUCACAGCCCGUAAUCGCUACAGAGCCCUCUCAAUGUGUCCCAGCUGGGUCGGCGAAGACGGCACAGCACGCAAACUCCUCGCAGUGAACCAUCAAAUCCACGAUGAAGCAGAGGACUAUCUCUACUCCCAUCAUACGCUGUUCUUCCGGAAUUCCUUCGAUCUAGAUCGACUCGGUGAUUUCCUUGAUACGCUUAGCCCCACGGCAUGUCGGCGGAUUCGCAGUGUUGGUUUUGAGGUAUACUUCUUCGUGCAUACGCAGAUGGGUGUGCCGAAACGGACGCUUAAGCAAUAUGAGCGUGCUGCGAGAUUGCUUUCUGUGAAGUUGCCGGAGUGGAGAAAUGUUUUGUUUUAUUUGGAUCCGCGGUUUUAUUAUCCAGGUGCUGCGGUGGGGUGUCGGGAACGUGCGGUGCGAGGUGUGCUGGAUCUAGCUGAGAAGUUUGGUCCAUUGUGUAGAGAUGUUACUUUCUACCCCUUGCCGGCGAGCGAUAGUCGUCUCCUGUGGGAGGCGCAGCAGCUUCUCUGGUGUACCAGUUCACUUGGACAGACUACGUCCGAGGAGGUUAAGCGCUGGGCGAAGGAGAAACUACUCUAG